AUGGGUUGGUUCAGCGGCGACUCCGAGCAGGCUUCCCACCACCAGCAGUGGAACAACUCUGAGCCCCGUGAGCACGAGGCCAGCUUCACCCACGAGCUGCUCGCCGGUGCCGCCAGCUACGAGGCCGCUAAGGCCUACGAGGAGCACGAGGCGCGCGAGGGCAAGCCCCCUAGCCACGAGAAGGCCAAGGAGAUCAUGGCCGGCAUUGCUGGUGCCUUCAUCGACCGUGAGGUCGAGUCCAAGGGUCUUGACUUCGUCGACCGUGAGAAGGUUAAGUACCAGGCUCGCCAGCACAUCGACAAUGCUCCUGGUGGCCGUGACGGCUGGUAA